UCACCUUCAUCCUCAGUCUCCUCUUUGCUGACCCUUGUUGCCUAUUCUCGUGUUACUCUGUUGCACAGCUCUUUUAUCAGAUUCAGAUUCGUUUAAACGAUUGUUGGGUACGUUACAAUAUUCAGUAAUCAUAAAAGCAGACAUGAGUUUAUAUAUAGCCUAGACGGGCCAAGUUUAUAAAAUAGCCUCCAACUAUCAAAUUGGCAGGCUAAACUAUAUAAAAUAGCUGACUACUAUACCAGCACCCACCCUAAAACACCCGCUGCGCUUAAUUACUUUAAAUGUAUUAGUCGCUUUCAGCGACUGGCGAUUCUGGAUCACUUGGAUAACUUUUUCAUCCUCAUUUUCUCAUUUGUUUUACCAAUAGAGGUCGCACAUACUACAACCAUAAUUCUGACGCUUUGGAGUAAAUAACGGAAAAUUAUUAUAGCGUGGCGCAUGCGUACCGAACGGCAGAAUUUGCUGAACGACCAUUGCCGUUUGGGGCUUGUAUUUUAUACUUUCAUUCCCGAGGCUAUACCACGCUUUCUGAAAAACAUGACUGGACUUCAGUUCCCAGGAAGCCCUUCUCUCCCAUUAACACUGAAGGAAGGGGGAGCUGCCACAACUGGAGAGAGAUAAUAAGAUGCGCAUGAACUAGUUGACUAGGUACGAAUAAAAGAAAGUUUCAAAAGACGGAAAAAGUUGUAAAUAUGACCCGGUCCUCAGAAUUCCCUUAUACACUAGCAAGUAUAAAGCAGCUGCACCAUUCCUUCACCAUCAAAACAAUAUGAACGAUCUCUGCAGUUGUCCUUUCUGGUGAUUGCUGGAAUUAGAAGUUUCUGCAGCUCUCUUCGCCAGGGAAACAAACCCGUCUUGUGGAGAAAGCAAAGAUUUCUGAUGGUUGGGACAGAACGUACGUCCACGGGCUACAUCAGUCAACAGUGUGAAGAAUGCCUAUCCUCUGACCAAAUCGGGAAUCACAGACGAGGACACUAUUUUUUUCCUUGGAAAGUGUUGGAAAGUUGUCAAGGGAUUUUUUUACUGUUUGUUUGUACACGUGUCAUUGAAUUUUCAACGGAUGACUGGAAAUAACUGCGAGCGAGGAUGAUGUCGGAAUCAAAAGGCGUUUUCGCAACGUUUAACCCCCACAUUUGUAUCUAAAAUGUAUGCAAAGAAACAGUGUAACAUACUCUCUGUCAGUUGUAGACUCUUUUGUUGCCACCCUUGUCAUUCAAUGCACCGUGUUUCCAUAUUCAAGUGAACAGCGCUGCCAAUGCACUUUUGGGGGCUAAAUAGCUAGGCUAUUGCAUCCUUUAAAUUUUGAUAUAGCGAGUCCAACACCACAUAAGAAAUACUUUUUCACAUUGUCAUCAUCUCAAUAUAAGGAAGAAACCCAAUGUCUUCCGGCAGCCCUUCUCCUUCGUCCUUACCAAAAGCGUACUCCAACUCUCAACAUCCAGCUGCUCCACCGACUCCCUCGCCGUCCCCUAGCCCGCCGGCUACACUCUACAGCCGCCUAUCCAACGGUAGCCUGAGCGCUCCGAGCCCCACGCUCUCCCGCUGCUCUUUUCACGGAGUCUCUUUUCUACUUCAGAUUGGACUCACCAGGGAGACUGUUAACCUCGAAGCGCAUGAUUUGUCGCUUUCCGCCGUGAAAGAUCUUGUCUGUUCUAUAGUGGACCAAAAGUUCCCAGAGUGCGGGUUCUUUGGCAUGUACGACAAGAUCCUGCUCUUCCGCCAUGACCUGAGCUCGGAGAACAUCCUGCAGCUGCUGACGUCGGCCGAGGACAUCCACGAGGGAGACCUCAUCGAGGUGGUCCUCUCGGCUCUUGCCACCGUCGAGGAUUUCCAAAUCCGGCCCCAUGCCCUUUACGUGCACUCCUACAAGGCCCCCACCUUCUGCGACUACUGCGGCGAGAUGCUGUGGGGGCUGGUUCGACAGGGCCUCAAAUGUGAAGGUUGCGGGCUGAACUACCACAAGCGAUGCGCCUUCAAGAUCCCCAACAACUGCAGCGGGGUGCGGAAGAGGCGCCUGUCCAACGUGUCGCUGCCGGGGCUGUCCGCCCCACGCCCGGCCCCCGUCGAGCAAGCCCCGGCCCCGGAAGAGCAACGCUCUCACCAGGAUGCCGGGAAGCGGGUCCCGUCCUGGAGCGGCCGGCCCAUCUGGAUGGAGAAGAUGGUGCUGGGGCGGGUCAAGGUGCCCCACACCUUCGCCGUGCACACCUACACCCGUCCCACCAUCUGCCAGUACUGCAAGCGCCUGCUGAAGGGCCUGUUCAGGCAGGGCAUGCAGUGUAAAGAUUGUAAAUUUAAUUGCCACAAACGAUGUGCGUCAAAGGUACCAAGAGACUGCCUUGGUGAGGUGGUCUUCAAUGGAGAGCCAGCGAGCCCGGGUCCGGACUCGGACACCACCAUGGAGGUGGACAAUAGCGACGGAACUAGCGAGGGCGAGGGCGGGCGGGGCCUGGACGACUCCGAGGUCCCGUCCCCCGCCGAGGGCAAGAUCUUCUUCAUGGACCCGCCCGAUCUGGAGCCGCCCUACCUGGACGGGGAGAAGGAUGAGGAGGCCGGAAAAACCAUCAGUCCCUCCACCAGCACUAACAUCCCCCUGAUGCGAGUAGUACAGUCCAUCAAGCAGACUAAGAGGAGGAGCUCUACCAUGGUGCGGGAGGGAUGGAUGGUGCACUACACCAGUAGGGACAACCUGAGAAAGAGACAUUACUGGAGGCUGGACAGCAAAAGCUUGACCCUAUUUCAGAACGACACUGCAGCCAAGUACUACAAGGAGAUCCCGCUCUCGGAGAUCCUCCAGGUGGAGCUGGCCCGGGAUUUCGCCAGCCUGCCCCAGGGCAGCAACCCGCACUGCUUCGAGAUCAUCACCGACACCAUGGUCUACUACGUGGGCGAGAACCAUGCGGCCAGCUGCGCCAACCCGGCGCUGGCCGCGUCCGGAGUGGGCCUGGAGGUGGCCCAGGGCUGGGAGAAAGCCAUCCGGCAGGCGCUGAUGCCCGUCACCCCCCAGCCCAGCGUCUGCACGGCUGCCGGGCAGGCCAAAGACCACAAAGAGUUGUCUAUCAGCAUAUCUGUGUCUAACUGCCAGAUACAGGAGAAUGUGGACGUCAGCUCCAUCUACCAGAUAUUUGCAGAUGAAGUCUUGGGAUCGGGGCAGUUUGGGAUUGUGUAUGGCGGGAAGCACAGGAAAACAGGGAGGGAUGUUGCCAUCAAAGUGAUCGACAAAAUGAGGUUCCCCACAAAGCAAGAGAGCCAGCUGAGGAAUGAGGUGGCCAUCCUUCAGAACCUGCACCACCCUGGUAUAGUCAACUUGGAGUGCAUGUUUGAGACCCCCGAGAGGGUGUUUGUCGUCAUGGAGAAGCUCCACGGAGACAUGCUGGAAAUGAUCCUGUCCAGUGAGAAGAGCAAACUCCCUGAGCGCAUCACCAAGUUCCUGGUUACUCAGAUCCUGGUGGCGUUGAGACACUUGCAUUUCAAGAACAUUGUCCACUGCGACCUGAAGCCAGAGAACGUCUUGCUGGCCUCCGCUGAACCUUUUCCUCAGGUGAAGCUGUGUGACUUUGGCUUCGCCCGCAUCAUCGGCGAGAAGUCGUUCCGCCGCUCGGUGGUGGGCACCCCGGCCUACCUGGCCCCCGAGGUCCUGCGGAGCAAGGGCUACAACCGCUCGCUGGACAUGUGGUCCGUGGGCGUCAUCGUCUACGUCAGCCUGAGCGGCACUUUCCCCUUCAACGAGGACGAGGACAUCAACGACCAGAUCCAGAACGCGGCUUUCAUGUACCCCCCCACGCCCUGGAAGGAGAUUUCCGGGGAGGCUACGGAUCUGAUAAACAACCUUCUUCAAGUGAAGAUGAGGAAACGGUACAGUGUAGACAAGUCCCUGAGCCACCCAUGGCUACAGGACUACCAAACGUGGCUGGACCUCAGGGAGUUUGAGACGCGGCGAGGGGAGCGCUACAUCACCCACGAGAGCGACGACGCCCGCUGGGAGGAGCACGCCCGGAGGCACAACCUGCUUUACCCCAAGCACUUCAUCAUGGCGCCCAACCUGGACGACAUGGACGAGGGGCCCUAAGGGGGGGGGCGGGGAAGCACCUGCACCCCGUGCGCGAUGCACACGGUGGGGCCACGGAAACCCUCUCCGCCCGCAAGAGACCUUCGGGAAAGCGCUCCCUCCUCCUCUGAGAACUGGCCACCGCAGAGAACCGCUGGACGCUGGACGCUGGACGCCGCCGGAGCUCGGCCUCCGGGUGAAGGGGCGCGUUCGUUGCGAGCCGGUCGGCGGUCGCGCUAUGCUACGUGGAACAGAGAGGUGGCGCUGUGCGUGCGACGGCGCUAGAGUGCGGGGGACAGGAGACCAAUGCACUUCGCAGACUUUGUGCUCUCCUUUUUUCCCCUUUUCUUUAAAUAGACUGAAGCUCAUUCUAGAGAUUGAACGAAGGCCCCUCUCUCCACUUAACAUACUGCUUUUUUUUUUGACAAGCCAUAAAAAUGCAUCUGUUGAACGUAUUUGGUUUGAAAUAUAAUUUCCCCUAUAUUUUUCUGCCUCAGAAUGGUAAUAGUCGUGGCACAAUUCCGCUCCACCCAGAAAGGGUAAAAGCUUGGACCAAAUGAAGGAGUAAAAAGCACAGUUGCCCUUGGUUUAGAUGGCCUAUUUUUCUAAAUGUGAGAUUUUGGAAAGUGUGUUUUUGCUAUCUCUGCAUAACUAGGUUAAAUGGGUUUUGCUAUCCCAAGAGAUUUUCAGCUGUUUUGUUUGUUUGAACUGGAACGCAUAAUGUAGGCUAAUGUGCUCAAUACAUAUGUGUAUUGAACAAAGGGUAGAAUGUUUUUGCCCUAUAGGUCAGCUACCCUUGUCUGACUGGUCCUAAAAAGUCAAGCAAAGGUUUGAAAAACAACAGCUGCUGCUAAUGUCCUUUAGCAAAAGCAACUAAUAUUUUUAUAGGGGGCUCCACAAAAAAAGAAUGUUCUAGAAAUUUUGUAAAACUACCUGAUGGAGUUGCUCAUUCAAUAACUUCAAAAAAGCUGCUGAAUACUUACAAUUCCCCAUCACCUGGGCAAAAAACUGAGUCACCAAAGUGAGUAAAAAAACCCCCAGAGUUUUGGUAUGGCUUCCCUAAAAUAAUUCAAACAUUUCCUUGGCCUUAUCCCUUAUUGUCAGCAUGGUUUCAUUUGUCAAUCUAGUUUCAUGACAAUCAGGAUGUGAUGUAAGUUUUUCACAACAGUUCCCUCUCAUCUACAUUUCUGAUGACCAACAUUCCAAGUGCAAUGUCAACAACUGAAAUGACCAUUGUAAUGUUUUACUUUUCCUUAUCCAACCAUGUCACUUUUUUAUUUUAUUUUAUUUUUUUUUGCUUUGCAGUAUGGACACUUAUACUUUCCAAGAUGGAUGUAUAACUUAAAAUUAAUAUUGCAUAUAUGAGAGACUGUACUAGAACAAUAGAGGUGAAGAAACCAGCUCAACGACUGGUGAUAUCUGAUACUAGCAUGAUCUUUAUGUGUUAUGCAUUGCAUGUUUUUGUUUUUUUUUGAGAGGUGGAGAGACCCUUUUUUGUUUUGUCUAUGCCUCAUCAUGCAGCACAUCCUAGUCAGUGCAGUUAAGUACUGGAACCAAACUGUGUGAAGCUGGUAGGACUGUCCCCACUCCUGGACAGCACGGUCUGAAUAUAUACGUUUGCGUCUGCUCGAGAGAUUCCAGCAACGGAACACUUUUUUUUCCAUUUUUCUAAGUGCAAUUCAGCGGAGUGGACCCACGAAGCAACAUUCCUGCUUAACAUUCCUAAAAACGCGACGCUUUCGCGCUGCGUCCGUUUUGUGGCCUUGAAGAUGGAGGAAACGCGCUGCAGCUAACAUGGUAGAAAUGUCCUCAGACAAGAACAUUCAUUUUUUUUUUGUUAGUGUUCAAUUCCUCAAUCCACCACCUUCAGUAAGAGAAUGUCCUUCAUCCCGUGGAAACUAGUUACGGCUGAAACAGCGCCUAGCCUUCCGACCUGCCAGUCAUCUUUUGAAGUUGAAUUUAUGCUUAUCCAGGGUAGUAAAUGUGGUCAGGGCAAAUCACUCUGUCCUGGGCAUGGCACUAUAUGGGAGGCAGCAGAGUGACACUGUGCCAGGUUUGUGGUCCAGUGGCUUCUAAGCGUAUGGUUGAGCCAUUUCUCCACUACCCGCAAUCUUCGGUUUACACACUUAUCUUAAAACACUCUGAAUCUCUAAAUACGGUUUCCCAAACAAAUGUUGUACGCUCCUAUUGAAUACUCACGGCUAGUGAUGGAGGCCCAAAACCACAGAGGAUGGUAAAAUCACUGCGGAGAAUUUGGUGGCUCUCCCUGAAUGGUGACCGUUUUCCAGAGGGACCAAUCGGCUUGUGACUGAAGCCCCGCCCCCUGACACGUUCAGGUCAGACCACCGCUGAACUGAAUCGGGAGUGCUUUUCCCUGGACUGAGCCGGGAGGCCCUCCAGGUAAAGCAGGGAGAGGGUUCGGGGCGUAGGUCUCACCACCACGGAACGCAGGAUCCAGCGAGGGCCAGAGAUGCAAUCCGGAGAACCCCGUCACCCGCCUGGGUUGCCGAUGGAUUGGCAGGUGUCAGUAUUUUUGUACACUUUAGUAUUUAGACUUAAUAAAAUUGCUACAACA